AUGCGCUCGUCGUUGCCUCGGUGGCACUUCUGCUUCGUCUGGGGCUGCGACGGCUCCAUCGUCAUCGACUCCACGCCGGGAAACAAGACCGAGAAGGAUCAACCCGCUCAUCGCCAAGGGCUCCAGGGUGGCGCUCACAGCCGACCAAGUUCCUCCCAUGGCGCCGCCCGACACCGCCGUGGUGGCAUACUCGCUGUUCGCCUUCAACUGGCCGGCGCCGGCGCCGGGUUCAUCCAAGCCCCAGCGCCGGUGCUCACCAUGCUGCUGCACUCCUUUUGGCCGCAGUUCCUUCUCACCGCCGUGCUCGGCGUCGCGCACUUCUCGGUCAUGUACAUCGGCCCGUCGCUCAUGGACCGGUUCGUCCAAUUCGUGCGACGCGGCGGGGAGCUCACGGAGGGCCUGUAG